AUGACGAUCAAUUUCGCACCAAUUAAAAUUAAUUUAAGAGCAGCAGCUGAAAGAAAAGAGAACUUCAUAAAAGAAUACCAUAAGCGGCUGGCUUACUUUCGUCUUCAAGAAGCGUUAAGCCUAGAAAACGCUUUAGAUGUUAUAAUAGCCAUUAAUGACAUCCACGUUGAAGUCAAUAUUAACGAAAAGUUGCAGAACUGUCAGCAUAAAGCGCGUCCACAUCGUUGUGGAUUGGGAAAUAUUUGGUCUUUUGGAGUUGAGGGCAUCGUGUUUGUUGAAGAUGAAGGAGCAUACAGCGUUGCUUUAUCAAGAGAGUAUGUGUUUUAUCUAUUACGGACUUUCAUUUUACAACGACCAAUCCUCACCGAAACAAUAAUUCCAGAGUUUUAA